UAUCUUUUUACAUAUUUAAAAUUGUUAAAAGCAAAUAUUUUUUUGACAUGUGUCAACAUCUAUAACCGAUAAAUAUGACACGUGUCGCGAUCUCUUGAGUUACUAACUUCGAAAACCCAACUUUAUAUAAUAAGAUGCAAUAUGCAAUCGAUUUAGUAAUGUUGGUUAAGUACUUGUACCGGUUUGUGGUCCAAUAUACUAUGUAAGGAAAACUUUUCCUUUUUUAGCAUAAUAAUCAAACUAGAUAGUGACCUGCGGUGCACCGCGGGGUAAUUUUGGCUUUACGGUUUAUAAGUUUAGACUAAACUUAUUUAAACCCAAAUCAAAUUUAUUUUUAACUAAAAGUACUAACUAAUGAUUAAUUGGCUAAUUUAAUUUAGGCUAACUAAAAAAUUAUGGACUAAUUAAACUCUAAACCCAAUAUUUCUAGGCCCAUCUAAGCCCAUCCUAUCUAGGCCCAUCUAAGCCCAUCCUAUCUUAACCCUGAUCCACUGACAACUAACCCUAGAGCACACUUAGCCAAAAUUCAGAGACUCUCGCCUCCUUCUUUCUCUCGCCGAAACAACAAUUUCCAGAAGGUUUCCAGCUCUAGAUCCUUUCAGUCCUCUGAAGCUAAAAAGUCCGUCGUCACUCAAACACUUCACAAUCGCCGCGACUCCUCUGUGACCGUCUCCACCGCUCAAAAUCUCCCGCUGAAUCGCUAAUUACACAGUCUCCGGUAAACUUCUCUUCUCUCUCUGUCUCUCUCUCUCUGCAUAGGGCAGUUCGCUUUGUGCAUCGUUUAACCUUCACAAUCCCUUAAAUAAACCCUAGAAUGAAAUUUAGUUCGAAUCGCAUAACGCAUUGUCGAAAUCUGAUUGAUGGGUCUUGAUUUUAUGAUAUGUAAUUGAUUUUUCUCGAUGAAAUUUCAAAGCUUGGCUUGUGGAAAUUAGAGCAUGGUCAAGUACUAUGACAUUUACUUGAGAGAUUCUUCUUAUCUUCUCAUUUUUCAAAUCAAAAAUCUUUUGGAAAUUAGAUACGUCCCCUUAACAACUCGUAAUCAUCUUCUCCUUCUAUGAAUUUUUAAUAUUUUUUUGUAUCAUCGUUUUGUAUGUAUGUCAAUAUAUGUUCGCUUUGUUCUGCUGGGAUUGGAUGACUUCUGUUUCUUGUUUCAUGGUAUUGCUUAUGUCUCAUAUCUAAUGAAUUUGUGAAUGUUUCCUUUACCCUUCAAACUCUUGCUUGUUAAGGCUGAUUGGGAUAUUGCUCUAUUGUUUUGUUCUUGUGUUAUCAAUUACAAUGUAAUGGUGUUAUCAAUGAACUCUGGACUUGAUUUGUGUUGGGUCAGCUGAGUAGCUGUGUGCUUACUCUUGGGACAGUUAAAUUGUUCAACUCUUUGCUUAUGUCCUUGAUAUGUUAUCUCUUCUUCAGGUACUGUAAAGAAUGGCCAAUCCACAUGGCGACGUCAUUGCUCAUGUGAAACGUAACAAUGUACUUGUGGACGUGCACCAUGGGUCCAACGGGUAUUUCCUGAUGAUAAAAAACGGCCGAGUCCUUACACGAGCACGGUGGCCAAAGGUAUGCUCCUAUUUUCUUUUAACAACUCUUUUAAACAUAGAACUUUACUUAUAUGGUUUAUGUUUUCUAUUUGCAGAACACUGAUCCAAACCAUCUUUGGUUGGACAUCGAAAACUGUGAUGUCCCAAAGGAUCUACAGCCAGAACUGCUGUACCACAUGAUCAAGCGCGGGUUGAAAGACCGCAACUACACAGGACCGCUCACCAUCACUGCUAUUUUUGCCAAUACUACAGAGCACAUAUCUCUAGAUAUGCAGAGAUAUGCUUGCAAAGCUGCCGGCAGAUAUCAGAACUGUGGAUAUGGGAUUGUAUAAUGCAUCUAAAGAAGAACUAAAAGAUGCUGCUGACCGUGCAAUCGAAAAGGAGAUAGAAGCGUUUUCGAAUAACCCUGUGAACGAUCCUGCUCGCAACGUGAUGGUUAUGAGCGGAGACAAGAUCUUUGUUAAGACACUGCGGGACCUCAGGGGAAAAGGCUACAGGACCUUAGCUGCAUUCAGGGUGUCUAGCGACGAGGAGGAGCUCAAUGCCCAAGUUUGGGACUCUUGGGUUUUCAGGCAACUUCUAAACCUUCCUUGGACUGUUGGGGAAAAGCCUAGGGAGGAGCAGGACAGGAAAAGGAAGAGAUCAUCAAGUUCAGCGGUUCUGCAACACUAUUGCCGUAUGUCUAACGAAAAGAAAUUUCCUGCUUAGGUUAGCUUCCUAAAGAAGUACCCAGACCAAAAGGUGGUCAUUUUUUUCUCUAGUUGCAGCUCUGUAGAAUAUCAUUAUGAAAUGAUAAGAGCUUUGGAUAACGAUCUGCGUUGCUUGCGAAUCCACGGGAAUCUGGAUUUGGAGAAGAAUCUUCAGACAUUUUCAGAGUUCAAGACAAAUGGAGGAGGUCUUUUCUUGCUCUGCAGUGAUGCUUUGGCACUUGGUCCUCACAUUCAAGGAGUGGUAAGUUUGUGCUC